CCAACAACACAACGGGAUGGGAAAGGUUGUGACCGCCAUUGCUAAAAACACAGCGCUAGUAAAGAUAGUAACAACGAUUGAAGAAUGGAUUCUAAAGCGAAACAGUGGUCGGUGGAGGAGACAAACUGUUUGUUAGCGAUAUGGUCUUCGGCAGAGGUACAGCAAAAAAUAGAAGGUGCUUCGAGAACAAAACAUGUGUUCGAGGAGAUCCAGAGGGAGAUGGCUGCAGCAGGAUUUAACAGAACCAUAGAGCAGAUCAAUAACAAGUUAAAAAAACUAAAAAAGGAUUACAGGGACCAAAAGAAGGAAUUGGGCCGAAGUGGUAAUGGACGGCCACGCAGUAGAAAUACCCAUUUUGAGGUUUUGGACUCGGUCCUCGGCGACAGACCGGCGUGCCAGGUCACCGGCGCAUUAAAUUCAACAACUGUUAUGCUAGAGUCUAUGGUGGUGGAUGAGACGCUGCUGCAGGGUAUUGCCAACAACGUUACUGAUUCUGAGUUGUUGGCCAUUGAUGAUUGUGAACCUGACCGGGAGCUACCGCUACCACUCCACUGCAGCUCACCAGUACCGUCUUGCAGCUCAGCAGCUGAAACCUCCUCAUCUUCCUCUUCCAGUCGGUCAACCAGAAAGGGCAAAAGGAAACGAGACAUGAAUGGGGAGCUGCUGGAAUAUUUUGAGAGGUCUGAUGAAAGGUUCCUGCAGCACUGCAAGGACAUGAAUGAUACCUUGCUGAGGAAAUUGGAUGCAGACUCAAGUGCAAUGCUUGGACUAAUGGAGCGUAUGGUCACAGUGAUGGAGAGGCAACCCCACUGAAUCAGAAAGAAACAAUCUUGCACACUUUGCACUGCACACACUUUAAUAUUUUGUGAUUUUUUUGUACUUGUUUUUAAAUAAACGUUUUAUA